CUCUGCAUGGGAUCCUUCAUACUCUUUCCUUUUAUCUUCUUUUGCUUUUCUCUGGUCUCUAGCUAUACUUACUUGGAGUCCGUACAUCCAAAAUUCACUGCUUCACACCUUUUGUUCAUUGAUAAUGCUGGUGCCUUCUUGGCCUCCCGGAAUGGGACGUUCAAAGCUGCUAUUUCAAAUCCCGGCGCCCAACAGCACAACUUCUACUUGUGUGUCAUUCACGCGGCAUCCAACACCAUCAUCUGGUCUGCUAACCGUGAUGCUCCGAUCUCAAGUUCGGGUGAAAUGACUCUUACAGUUAAGGGAAUUAGCAUUACUGAUGAGGAUGGCAAUCAAAAAUGGUCAACUCCAUCAUUAGGGUCUUCAGUUUCUGCAUUACUGCUGACUGAAAUGGGCAAUCUUGUACUGCUCGAUCAAUCUAAUGGCAGUCUGUGGGAAAGUUUUGACCAUCCGACGGACACGAUUGUGACUGGACAACGCUUGCCUGCCGGGACAUAUCUGUAUGCUGCUGUAUCAGAUAAUGAUAUCUCAACUGGUGAUUAUAAUCUUGCAAUUACUGCUUCUGAUGCAAUAUUGCAAUGGCAUGGACAGACAUACUGGAAGUUGUCAAUGGAUACCAAGGCUUAUACAAAUUCAAAUUAUCUAGUGGAAUAUAUGGCAAUAAACAGAACAGGUGUUUUUCUGUUUGGCCGUAGUGGAUCAGUAGUUGUGAUUCAGGUGAUUUUGUCUUCGUCAGAUUUCCGAAUUGCGAGGCUUGGUGCGUCUGGCCAAUUUACUGUCAGUAGCUUGUCUGGUAUCAACUUGAAGCAGGAAUUUGUGGGGCCAAAUGAUGGCUGUCGAAUUCCUUUUGUUUGUGAAACAGUUGGGCUGUGUACUGCAGGUUCUGGAUCAACUAAUCCAUUAUGUUCAUGUCCACUGAGCUUCCACGGAAUCACACAGAAUAGCAGUGGUUGUGAACCAAGUGAUAGAUCUUAUUCUUUGCCCGUUGCUUGUAACUUGACCAAUCAAGACGUUCAACCGAAUUCAUCCUCUGUUUUGUAUCUGAGACUUGGCUAUGGUAUGGAUUAUUUUUCCAACGUUUUCUCCCAGCCUAUUUUUGGCGUUGAUUUGUCUAAUUGUCAAGAUCUCUGCACGGGUAACUGUUCUUGUUUGGGUGUUUUCUAUGAAAAUUCAUCUAGUUCUUGUUUUCUGCUCGAAAACGAGUUGGGGUCCAUUAUUUCAAGCAAUACGGACCUGUUGGGUUACGUUAAAGUUCUUUCAAAUUCUACCCAAUCAAACACCAUGAGUAACAACGGAGACAAAGGACGGAAGCUUCCUGUAGUUGCUCUUGUGCUUUUACCUUUCACUGCCUUCUUUCUUUUGGCAGCUCUAGGUUUCGUCUUGUGGGUAAGAUGGAGAUCCAAGGCAAGAGAGAUAAAAUUAGGCAAUACAAGAUCAUUUUCUUCAGGAGAUCUGGAUGCCUUCUACAUCCCUGGGCUACCUAAAAGGUUUGACUAUGAAGAGCUUGAGGAGGCUACUGAUAACUUUAAGACCCAGAUUGGCUCAGGUGGAUUUGGCUCUGUUUACAAGGGAACACUACCAGACAAAACUGUUGUGGCAGUAAAGAAGAUAACUAAUUUAGGUGUUCAAGGGAAAAAAGAUUUUUGCACCGAGAUUGCUGUUAUUGGUAAUAUUCAUCAUGCGAAUUUGGUCAGGUUGAAAGGAUAUUGUGCUCAAGGAAGACAGCGGCUGUUGGUUUAUGAAUAUAUGAGCCGUGGCUCACUGGACCGAACCCUUUUUGGAAGUGGACCGGUGUUAGAAUGGCAAGAGAGGCUUGAUAUAGCCCUUGGGACAGCGCGUGGGCUUGCAUACUUGCACAGUGGCUGUGAACAAAAAAUAAUUCAUUGUGACAUCAAGCCUGAGAACAUUCUCUUGCAGGAUCAAUUUCACGCAAAAAUCUCCGAUUUUGGGCUCUCAAAACUUCUAAGCCCUGAGCAGUCCAGUCUCUUCACAACAAUGAGAGGCACACGUGGUUAUCUUGCGCCAGAGUGGCUUACUAAUGCUGCAAUCUCAGAGAAAACUGAUGUCUACAGUUUUGGAAUGGUUCUGCUUGAACUUGUAAGUGGAAGGAAAAACUGUUCAAUGCGUUCACAAAGCCGUAGUGCGAAUGAAAGUAGCAGUAGUGGUGCUGUCUCAUCAUUGUUCUCCACUUCAGGGCUCAUUUAUUUUCCUCUGUUUGCACUGGAGAUGCACGAGCAACAAAGGUACUUGGAGCUCGUUGAUCCAAGGCUCGAGGGGCGGGUGACAAGUGAAGAGGUGGAAAAAUUAGUGCGGAUAGCUCUGUGUUGCGUUCACGAGGACCCGGCACUGAGGCCUAAUAUGGUUGCUGUUGUUGGCAUGUUGGAAGGUGGGAUGCCUGUAGGUCAUCCAAGAUUGGAGUCUUUAAAUUUCUUGCGCUUUUAUGGCCGUCGGUUCACUGAGGCGUCUAUGAUAGCGGAGGCAGCUGAGAAAAAUGAUACAGAGCUGUAUCCACUAAAAGCUUCUUCCCCGAGCACAGCAAGUGAAUCACAUGCUUAUUUUUCUUAUGUCUCCUCACAACAGAUCUCAGGACCUAGAUAAUGUUUAGUAAUUGAGCAGUUUUUGUAUAGUUUAUUGCGAAUGGCCAUUAAAUGUAUGUAAUUUCGAAUUUCAACUUGUUUACUGCUUGUAUUGGCAUUAUAAUUCUCACAUUUAAGCUACACAGACUAUAGAUCUCACCAUGAAGUUCAAGGUGGGUGGGUUGGACGGCUUUAAUUUAUUUGGCUCAUGUAAACUGUUUCUUUUACGAAAAUUACCCUACCUAUUAUAGGUAGCUUUU